AAGUGGUUCUUUUUUAGAUCAAAGAGUGCUCCAUCCAUCUUGCAAAGCUGGCGAAUUCUCAGAGGAUAUGGAAGCAAACCCUGAGAAUCCACAUCUCCGAUCCCCUCCCUCGCCGGCGGCGGCCGGCAAUCUAGGCCCCCGCCGUCUCCUCGACCGCUCCCAGUUCAUCCGCAUCAUCCUCCAAGCCCUCCACUCCCUUGGCUACUCCAAGGCGGCGGCUGCCCUAGAAUCCGAGUCCGGCGUCGCCCUUGACUCCCCGGAGUUCACCUCCCUUCUCUUCCACUCCCUCUCUGGCCACUGGAUCGAUUGCAUCAACAGUAUCGACUCCAUCCCUGACCUCACUUCGGAAUCCAAGUCCUCCGCCGCGUUCCUUGUUUGGAAGCAACAUUUCAUGGAGCUGCUUGCCUCUGAGGAUGGGCUGGUGGCUGCAAAAGAUGUGCUUCGGUCUUGCAUUUCGCCGUUGGAUGUGGAGCGUGGGGCGGUGCACCGGCUUUCUAGGGUGAUGAUCUCACCGGAGGGUGUUGUUCUGGGGGAGGAAAGGGUGAGGGGGAGGAUUGGGAUGUUGUUGGAUUUGUUGCGAUUGAUGCCGGAUUGGGUUCGAAUGCCGAGCGGGAGGUUGGAGCAUCUUGUGGAGACUGCGGUGAUGAAGCAAUUGGAUUCAUGCGCUUACCACAAUACGCCGGAGGAGGUGACGCUGUUUGAGGAUCAUGCAUGCAGUCUUGACCGGAUUCCUUCGAAGUGCGUUCAGACAUUAUAUGCACAUAAAAAUGAAGUAUGGUUUGUUCAAUUUUCAAAUGCGGGGGAAUACUUGGCAUCAUCUUCUAAAGAUUGCACUGCCAUCAUAUGGGAGGUAAAAGAGGAUGACACAUUGUCUCUGAAGCACACUUUGGAAGGCCAUUUGAAACCUGUGUCCUUUUUAGCAUGGAGCCCUGAUGACACGAUGCUGCUCACCUGUGGCAAUGCAGAGGUCCUUAAACUUUGGGAUGCGACAACUGGAAUUUGCAAGCUAACAAUGAAUAAUCAAGUGAACCGUGUUAUUAGUUCAUGUGCUUGGUUCCCUGACUCCAAAAAAAUAGUUUGUGGCAGCUAUGAGCCGGAUAAUCGUGUCCACACAUGUGAUAUAGAAGGCAAUGAAAUAGAUGUUUGGGAAGGUGAGAGGAUGCCAAAGGUCUCAGAUCUUGCUGUGACCCCUGAUGGUAAUUCUUUGAUCAGCAUAUGCUCUAACCGAGAGAUUUGGAUACGUGACUUUCGGAAGGGAACAGAGAAAGUCAUACCUGAGGAGUACUCAAUUACAUCACUUUCUCUUUCAAGGGAUGGAAAGUUCAUGAUUGUUAACCUGAACAGUGAGGAGAUCCAUCUGUGGAGUGUUUAUGGCACUUCCAACACACCAAACAGGUAUAGAGGGCACAAGCAAGGAAAAUAUGUGAUUCGGUCUUGCUUUGGUGGAUCUGAUUGUUUGUUCCUUGCCAGUGGUAGUGAGGACUCAAAGAUAUACAUUUGGCAGAGGCAUAAUGAAGAACCUAUACAAGUUUUAUCAGGCCAUUUGAUGACGGUGAACUGUGUGAGCUGGAACUCUUCAAAGCCUCAUAUGCUGGCAUCAGCUAGUGAUGAUUGUACAAUUCGCAUAUGGAUGGCUAGUAGAAAUACCAGCAAGGUACAUGCAUGAGUUGCACCGAGAGAGAUUUUUUCUGUACAUAUGUAAAGUUCUUAUGUGCAAAUUACGGUUUAAUAUCAGCAUUCAUUUUCACCCAAUCUUUUUCCACAUAAUUUAAGUUUUUGAUAGUAACAUGAAUUUAUAUGAGAUAGCUACUAGUCUUGUAAACAGAGUUUUUGAGUAUUUUCAUGGGGUUGUUUCAUUAUC